AUGACAAGUUCAUUUUUUAAUGAUAAUAAACCACCUAAUGACUACCGUAUUUCUGUUCAUAAGGGAAAAGACCCAGAAGAGGUGGACGAGGUGGCCGUCGGUAUUGAAAAGGGUUUCAUGGACGAGUUCUUUGAGCAGGUAGAGGAGAUUCAAGGGUUCAUUGACUCUCUGGCAGAGAAAGUAGAAGAAGUGAAAAUAAACCACAGCGCCAUCCUGGCCUCUCCAAACCCAGCCGAGAAAACAAAAGCAGAUUUGGAGGAGUUGAUGACAGAUAUCAAGAAGUUGGCUAAUAAAGUACGCUCCAAGUUAAAGAAUAUCCAGCAGACCAUAGAGCAGGAGGAGGCACUAAACCAUUCAAAAAAUCCAUCAGCUGAUCUGAGGAUACGGAAAACACAGCACUCCACCCUGUCACGUAAAUUUGUGGAGGUGAUGACGGAAUAUAAUGCAACGCAGUCAGAUUACAGGGAACGCUGUAAAGGACGGAUACAGAGACAGCUGGAGAUCACGGGAAGAAAUACAACAAAUGAGGAGUUGGAGAGCAUGUUAGAAAGUAACAACCCCUCCAUCUUCACUUCAGGGAUCAUCAUGGACUGCAACAUCAGUGAACAGGCCAUGAAUGAGAUUGAGACGCGGCACAAUGAAAUCAUCAAACUGGAGAACAGCAUCCGUGAGCUGCAUGAUAUGUUCGUGGAUAUGGCCAUGCUGGUGGAGAGCCAGGGAGAGUUAAUAAACAAUAUAGAGAAGAAUGUCUGCAGUGCACAGGAAUAUGUGGAAAAGGCCAAAGAGGAAACCAAAGCAGCUGUCAAAGUCCAGAAGACUAGCAGGACGAAGCUGAUCCUGAUCGGCGGUUGUGUAUCCGUCUGUCUUCUCAUCCUCAUCAUCUCUCUAGCCAUUGGAUUGAGCUAACCCAAUCACUCCGCUGUCUGCUUGUGACAGACAGGAGCUCAGGACCAUCUGUUUGCAUACUGUAUUAUUUGUGAUAUAGCCGAUAGAUUCAGUAGAUUUUGUUUUUUUUUAAAUCAGACAUGCUGGGAAAUUACAUACAGACUGAGUGUGUUAAAGGGGUCCUAUUAUGCACUUUUACAAAGUCUUGAUUUUGUUUUGGGGGUGUA